AAAUAUAUGCCUCAAAAAGAAACUAAGACUUCAGGUCAAGUUGAUGAAUGUAGUAAUUCUAAUCUUACAAAAUGGGCUACAAAUAUUGGAAAAUUAAUGUUAACUGAAUUUAAUGAAAAA